GGGGGCGGUACCGGAUCAGAGCCGGGCUCGCCCACAACGUCGUGAGCAAGUGGGAUCUUGUUUGUGACUCUUCCUGGAAAGUCCAUAUUGCUAAAUUCUCUCUACUAGUAGGAUUAAUCUUUGGCUACUUGAUAACAGGAUGUAUAGCUGACUGGGUUGGUCGACGGCCAGUGCUACUCUCUUCAGUUAUAUUCAUUCUGAUCUUUGGACUGACUGUGGCUCUUUCAGUAAACGUGACAAUGUUCAGCACACUCCGAUUUUUUGAAGGGUUUUGCUUGGCUGGAAUAAUCCUAUCCCUGUACGCACUACGAAUAGAACUUUGUCCUCCUGGGCACCGAUUUAUGGUCACCAUGGUGGCAAGCUUCAUUGCAAUGGCAGGACAGUUCCUCAUGCCAGGCUUGGCUGCCCUCUGCAGAGACUGUAUUUUCCCAGAGUCCCUUCGGUGGCUGAUGGCUACCCAACAGUUUGAGGCGUCCAAGAAACUUAUCCUUCACUUCACUAACAAAAACAGGAUGAACACUGAAAGUGAUAUCAAAGGAGUGAUGCCAGAGCUGGAGAAGGAGCUUACCAGGAGGCCCAAGAAGGUCUGCAUUGUUAAAGUGGUGGGAACCAGGAACCUGUGGAAAAACAUUGUAGUAUUGUGUGUGAACUCGCUGACAGGGUUUGGGAUACACCACUGCUUUGCAAAAAGCAUGAUGGGUCAUGAAGUGAAGAUGGCGAUCACCCACAAUUUCUAUGCGGACUACUACACCAUGGCAGGGAUUGCUUUAGCUUCCUGCCUAGCUAUGUGCCCCGUCGUUGGGUUUCUAGGGCGAAGAGGAGGACUGCUGCUGUUCAUGAUUCUGACAGCUUUGGCAUCGCUUCUACAGUUAGGCCUUCUCAACUUGAUUGGAAAAUAUAGUCAACUCCCAGACUCAGGUAUGAGUGACAGCGUCAAGGACAAAUUCUCUACUGCGUUUUCCAUUGUGGGUAUGUUUUCUUCGCAUGCUGUUGGAAGUCUUAGUGUUUUCUUCUGUGCUGAAAUCACACCAACAGUAAUAAGGGGAGGUGGACUAGGACUUGUCCUGGCCAGCGCAGGCUUUGGUAUGCUGACUGCACCUAUAAUGGAGCUCCAUAACCAGAAAGGCUACUUUCUGCACCACGUGAUCUUCGCCUGCUGUACGCUCAUUUGCAUCAUCUGUAUUCUUCUCUUGCCGGAAAGCAAGAACCAAAACCUGCCUGAGAACAUUCCAGAUGGCGAACACUACACCAGAAAGCCCCUCCUGCCACACAAGAAAGGGGAGCAGCCCCUGCUUCUGACAAACUCUGAACUCAAGGAUUACUCCGGCCUCCAUGAUUCAUCAGCUGUGGUCGAUGGGGUAUCCGAGAAUACCACCGCCAAUGGGGUGAAAUCUAUGUAAUGGGGCAGAUUUUUUUUUAAUUAUUAUUUUUAUUUUUUUGGGGAGAAGGAGCACUUUGGGUGGGGUGUUUUGCACAGGUUUGCAGACCAUUAAUGGAACAGAUGGAUACAUGGGGGAAUUCAACUCUGCUGGUAAAGCCACUUUCCGUAGGAAUUAUCAACUGGUGUGCAAAUUUCUUUUGAAAAGGUUAUGGGGGAAAAUAAUGCACCUAAGAACAGAACUGGCUGGAGAUAACUCUUCAAACCCUUUCUUUCCUGGAAUUGAAUGUUUAUAUUUAUUUUGAUGAUCACUUUAAAGAAGCACUUUAUUCCCUUUUCCUUUCAUUGAUCACAUGAAUGAAGCCAUCUUCUUUCAAGAAAAAAGAAAUUGUGUAAUGUUUUUUGUUUAUCGUUUUUGUUUUUUGUGCUUUGUUAAAGGAAAAGAGGUAUCUCUGCUGCAAAGUUGAAUCCACUGAAACUCAGGCUAGCGCAACAUUAGUUCUACCUAUCUAGAAAGUUCGAAUCCCCUAGGUUGCCAGCUGUGUUUAUAUAAACAACAAAAAGCCUGUCGUGACUCAAAGUUUGACUGCAUUUUAUUUAGUAUAAAUUAGGUUUUGAUAGAGUGCCCAUAUGCAUUAAAUGUUAUUUUCUAAAUUAAAGUAGAGGAGUUUAUUUUUUGUUUUGCUGUUAAAGCAGUCAGCAAAAUGCUACACAAGAAAGCUUAGCUUUUCUAUCAAGGAUCAGCCUUUUACAUUUUAAAUAUCACAUUCAGCUCUUUAGAGAUUUCCUUCAAGUUAUUAAUAAUAUAAACAACUUUAAAUGAGUUGACCAACAGUGGUAAAAUUACAGUUUUGCCAAGAAUAGUUUUAACUAACAGGAGAUCCAAUACUUGUAUCCAGUGUUCCAGAAGAAUAUUUUUGGUCAAAGGAGACAAAAUGUUAGUAUUCUCUGCAAUCUGAAAUGCUUGCUCCAAAAGGGAGUUCAGAUGAAAUUUCUACUCAUACAAGAGCUAUGACUUUGCAUGCCCAAAUUGUUUAAAGCCUUAAAUCCUAUUCUUAUUUAAAUGGAUAAAUAUUUCAGUGACUGUUAGAAGGAAAGGGAAUGAACUGAUUAUUUGAAUAAAUACUGACAGUGGGGGGAAAACAGCUGUUUAAAAUGUUACUUAAGUAGAGGUCAAGGGGGCACUCCCUAUGAAAUGGGUUAUCUUUAAAAAUACAAUUUUAAAAUUGUCCUAUAUAAGCCAGAAUUGUGAUUACUAUAUAUUCUGUUGUCUACUGUUUGCUAUUUCUGUCCCAAGAAUUUAUAAUGAAUUGCCACUUUAAUCCCACCAAAAAUGGGCUCUUGUAGACUCUCCCUUAAAAAAAAAA